AUGGACUUGAAGCCUGGUGUGGCUGCAGGGGAAGAGCCAGAGCUACCAAUCCCCAUCUCUUUGAUAUCAGGCCGCUAUUUUCUCUUCUCCAUCGACGCAGUAACAUAUCUACGUCGUGAACAUCACAUUUGCGGCGUACUAGUAGGGACUCUACCUCAAGUUCCGCAACAAAAUGUUUUCCUAGGGCUGCCACUGGAGUUAAUGCCUGAGGAGGCUAGGCUAUUGGUAGAAAAGGAUGUGGCAUAUGUUGUGGACGACACACAGGCUCAUACCCAGGGUAUCACCAACCUACAAGAGGAAGAUAAAAGACGCUAUCUCAAUGAACUAAAACAAAAAGGACUCCAGGCCACCCUUAUUCUAGCUGAUAAAAAAGCAGAAAGGCGAGAAAUAGCAUUGAAAAGGCAGAAAGAUAAAGAGGUAAAGAAAUCCAAAAGAAAAACCAAAGGUGAAAAGCCAGAGGUAGCAGAAGGAGACACGCCAUCACACGUCGAACCAGAGACUGAAAUUGAUGAUGGCGAUGGUGAUGACGAGCUUCUAUUCGCACCGCCCAAGAAGCCAGCCGUGGCAGGGGAUACUGCUUCUAGGGACUGCGGAGAACAGAUAUUAGAAGUCACCCCCGCUACAUCCAAUGGACUGUUACCUAGAGCGGCACCCCGAGCUCCCGCAUAUCUCCCAGAAGCUCCUUCGUCCUACCCACUCUUUGCUUACUUGCACUCAAAGGGAUACUUUCUCUCCCCUGGAUUGCGUUUUGGUUGCCAGUAUAUGGCUUAUCCUGGUGACCCAUUACGCUUCCACUCUCACUUUCUGGUGGUCUCCACCAAAUGGGAAGAAGAGUUCGAUCUUAUGGACCUUGUUGCCGGCGGACGACUGGGAACUGGUGUCAAAAAGGGCUACCUUAUCGGUGGUACUGAAAAGUCCGAUGAUGAGGGCUCUGAACAAGUAAUUAGGACGUUCAGUCUUGAAUGGGCCGGAAUGUGA